CCGAAUGAAUGAGCACAACAAAAACUGUUUUGCGAAACCAUGAAACUGUGAAUAUUGCACCACAAACUGCCGUUGUGGUGAACCGUGUCUGAGCCGAUGACACAUGCUGCCGAUGCGGCUGCUGCUGCCGCUGCCUCUCCUGAGUUCGCUGAACUGUGGAGGAGUGCUUCUAAGCUUUGUCACAGCACAACAGCAGACGACAAAACAGGACGGCAGAUGCCUGGCACAACAACACCACCCGUGCACAAAGAUCUGCAGAGUCCUAAGCACAGAGGCUGCAGCAGAUACCCAGGCUUCAGUUAUGGGGAUUCCCCAGGUGACGCGGAAGCAUCACAGGACAUUUUCUGGGAUUCCACAUCUCCCACUCAAGGUAACACAGGCUCUGGGCUCAGGAACUCCAGAGUUGUGGAAAUAUCAGAUAUCGUCAACCGUAUUGCGCCAAAGGAUGUGAAACCAAAAGGGACUGAAUCCCCUCUGCUGCAGUGGAUAGGUGACAGUGCCGUCCCUUGCACACCUGAGAUUCCACAACCAAGAGCCAGGAAGAAGUCCUCUCGGCAGAGCAGUGUAGAGGACCUCAUGAAACUGGCCAGGCAGUUCGACAAGAACAUGCAGCAAGACAAGGAGAUUUCAGAGCAACUUAACACUUUCAACAAUAACCUAAAUGAAUGUGUGAACACUGCCAAAACGAAACUGACAGAGACGUCGUUCCAUAGCAAAGUGAAGGACCUAAAGUGUCCGUCCUCAGCGGAUCGGGUGGAGGCAGAGCUGCACGCUCUGUUUGACUCCUCCACUCAGAGAGUCAGCGGCCCGCUAAGCCAGGGCUCCUCGGCAUCAGCCUGUUCACAGGAAAUAAAACACAAACCUGUGUCUUCAACUGUGGCUGAACCCCGACAAUCAGAGCUCAAAUUAGCUCCCGGCUCUGGCUCAGCUGCACAUCCUGCUGAAGAAAAAGGAUCUGGUGGUUUUAGUGCGAACAACUGUGAUGACUUUGAUGAUGACUGGGAGAAUGAUGACCUACUUAAUGACUCUUUUGUGCUGGCAAUGACCCAGAAUCCUGACCAGCAACAGGACGCCAACCUGAACGCCACUUCGCAGUCAAACACUAAGACAAAUACUACUCAUUUGACCUCUGUUUACAAGCCUACUGCAAAUACAAACUCUGCACAUCAGCCUUCAACCCUGAACUCCAAGCCAAGCUGCAGUGUACUCCAGGAACUGUGUCCCAAACCAAAGACUACCAACCGAAGCACUUUCAAGUUAGAGUCCAACCCUCACUUCCAGCCCAAGACGGCUGCCAAAGAGGUUUCCAAGUCCAGCUUCACUGUUACACAACCUAAAUCACAGAUGUCUGACCAGAAAUCUGUUACCACAAAGACACCGACUGCUCCUCAGCCUGACAAGAUCACUAAUGAUCAGAGGGGGGCUUGUGCAGCUGCAGGGUCUGUUAAAGACAUUUCAGACAGCUUAUGGGACGAUGGGGACGAUGAUGCGCUGCUCUACCAGGUAUGUGACAGUGUGGAGAGGACCUCCAACAGCCAGCCGCAGCAAGUGAGCACCAGUAGCAGCCAAGGAAAACAAGAUAUUGCUGUAGACAGACAGCGAAAAACCACCGCGCCUCUGCCAGUCGACAGGGCCUGGUCCAUGAAAGCAGCUGCCAGCGCUAACAGACAGUCGCCGUGCGCUUUUGUUCGUUCUAACUCAUUACCGGGGACUAGCUGUGAAACUGUGAACUACCAAGGAUGGAACAUUCCCAUGAAAGGUGCCAGCAACAAAUCACGGAUGUCUCAGAGCCUCCCAGGAAGCCGCGUGAGUCUGGGCACAUUUAUGCAGUGCAGGGAUUCCUCUGGAACUUUCCAGGCGGAGAAUGCUAAUGUGGAUAUGAAGCCACAUACAGUGACAGCCAGCGCACCACAGAACUCCAAGUCCCAUCACACAGCCUUCAAGAGGAAUGUAUCUGACUCGGCAGUUAUAAGCAGCAAAGUUUUUGUCACAAGCCAGAUGACAGGAAAAUGCUCUGCAGCCGAGAUCGAGAGGAAGAAACAGGAGGCCUUGGCCAGGAGACGAAUGCGAAUGCAGAACACCCCAAAACCAUAGAGGGGCUCCAUCUUGACUGAAGGGAUAUUAUCAUACUGUUAAAAACCUUAACAUUAUUAGUGUUAAUAGUUUACUGUUAGAUCAGCUUUUGCAUGAUUUGCUUGGACAGAGAAGACCUUGUAGCCUAAGUUGUCCAUACAGAGCCACUGGAUGUUUUUGCUGCUAAUGUAGAAAUAUGUUUUACAAGAAGCGAGUUAAUGCACAAUCUCAGAUCUGGUACUCGGAUCACAUUAGAAAGAGAUUUCCCUGAGCUUUUCACAUUUUGACUUUGAGAAGUAUCUUACAUCCACUGAGUUUGAAAUAAUUCCAAAUGCUGACUAAAACUGGUCACGUUUUUUGUUUGUUUUCCAACAUCAUCAUCUCAGCUCUCAGCACACGUUUUGGAGAUAAAAAGUUUUUUCCCUGAUUUUUGCCUUUGUUUUAAGAGUAAAUAGUUCCAUCUCAGUGUUACUUCUCAAAUUGCAACACCAAGGACUAACAGACCUAAAGACACAGUGUGCUGUUGAUGUUAUCCAUCAGAAAUGGAUGUCUACGAACUGCUUGUGUUCUCUACUGUGUAUGUUUGAUUAUGUGCCUUAAACAUUUAUUGAUGCAUGAUUAAAAUAUUUGGUCAUUGCUUUGCAGGAAGUAAGUUAAAAUAGUGCUGUAACACAAUCUAAAACUUUUCUUUAGGGCCAAACUACAAGUUGAAUAGGUGGCAUAUUAACGUGUCUGUUUUAUACGUCAAAAUAAUCAUGCCAUGAUUGAGCAGAUUUUGUUUUGUUAGUAUUUCUUGUUUGUUUUGUUUUGCUCUACAUUUUCUUUGUGCAUGUCACAUUUUUAACCCUCAGAGUGUUAUACUGCACAGACAGUGUUAUGGCCCCAUUCUGUUGGCACAUAUUAUUGUAAUAGCCAUGCUAUGCACCUUCCAGAAAUUGUUAAUCCAACAACAAUAAAAACACAUGGAAAUGUAUUUUUUUUAUACUUACACAGGAUAAGACUGACGUGAGGAAGAUGGCCGCACACUAGACUGCCGACACUAGACUGUUUUGAUCAGCUGUGUUAUAAAUAGCGACCUGUGGUAGGAUAAAAGAGGAUGAAAAUGUUGUUAACCUCUUUGUUUCUACCUUAGUGCCUUGGAUUGUCAGAAGGAAAUUGACUCCUGCCACUGUUACUUCACAGCAACAUGAUGGA